CCCUGGGGAACUAUGCAGGAUUCACCCGGCUCCCUGGUGAUGGAUGGAUACUCCAGCAAUGUCCCAGCCUUCCUAACGAAACUCUGGACGCUGGUGGAAGAUCCUGAAACAAACCAUCUCAUCUGCUGGAGUUCUAAUGGCACCAGCUUCCAUGUGUUCGACCAGGGCCGCUUUGCCAAAGAGGUGCUGCCCAAGUACUUCAAGCACAACAACAUGGCCAGCUUUGUCCGGCAGCUGAACAUGUAUGGCUUCAGGAAGGUGGUGAACAUCGAGCAGGGCGGGCUGGUCAAGCCCGAGCGGGAUGACACUGAGUUCCAGCACCUCUGCUUCCUGCAGGGCCACGAGCACCUCCUGGAGCACAUCAAGAGGAAGGUGUCAGUAGUGAAAAGUGAGGAGACCAAGAUGCGCCAGGAGGACCUGAGCAGGUUGCUGUACGAGGUGCAGAUCCUGAGGAGUCAGCAGGAGAACAUGGAGUGUCAAGUGCAGGACAUGAAGCAGCAAAACGAAGUUCUUUGGCGGGAAGUUGUUUCUCUCCGGCAGAACCACUCGCAGCAGCAGAAAGUGAUCAACAAGCUGAUUCAGUUUCUGUUUGGCCAGCUGCAAUCCAGCCCCAGCAGCUCUGGGAUAAAGAGGAAGCUACCUCUGAUGCUUGACAAUGGGAUGUCAGCUCCCCCCGUGUCCAAGUUCAGCCGGCACUUGCCUGCAGAGCCGCUCCACGACCCCUAUUUCAUACAGUCGCCAUCAACAGAACCUGCCUCUUGCUUAAACAGCCCUGGAAUUGCGGGAGGACCCAUCAUAUCUGAUGUCACUGAAGCAUCACCAUCCAACAUAAUAAAUAUGCAGCCCCCUCCUGAAAAUGACAGGGAGAAGUGCCUGAUGCUGAUCAAGGAGGAGCCGGUGAGCCCCGGUGUGAAGGCCUCGGCCGAGCCCCUGCCCGGCUGCCGGGCCUGCUCGGAGCCGCCGGUGCUGCCGGUGGCCAUGGUGCAGUCUGUCCUGGAGGGCAAGGGGAGCUGUGCUGCCCCCCCAGGGGCCUCCCAGCAGCCCGAGAGGAGGGGCAGGAGGGCACUGCUGGACAGAACAGAUAUUUCAGACCCGUUGGAGGGCACUGACUGGAGCCUGGAGGGGCUGCAGCUGCUGCUGAGGAGCCAGCAGUACGGGCUGGAGCCUGCCAGCCUGCUGGAUGUCUUUAAUCCCAACUUGUCUUUGAGCGAGUGGAAUGUGACUGAAAUGGAGGCCAGCCUGUCCCCGAUGCAGCGACUCACAGUGGAUCUGGAGAAGAAUGCAACUGAGCUGCCCCCAAAAGUGUUCAACCCCCCGUUCAGCAACACCUGCCCAGGGAAAGAUGUCAUUCUGGAAAGUGCCCAGCAGUUCCUCCUCGACCGUCAGUCCCUCUUCGGAAACGACCUCCUCAGCUUGCCUGAAAGUUCCUCCCUCUACGUUCCAUCUGAAAAUGUGGCCUCCUACCUGUCCUCUGUGGGGGUCCAAGGGGACAUCCCUUUAAACCUGAGCUCUUCCACAGACAACAGCCAGUGAUUUUGCUUCCAGGAACCAUCAUCUCCCUCCCACCCACCCAAGCAUCCACAGGUUUGAAUGUAAAGAAACAAAAGUGACUCAGAAACCCAACAGAGAGUUUAUUUUUGUGCCCUUUUUUUUGGAGUAGAUGGAAAUGGUUGGUAGCUGUUGCAUUGCUCUCCCUGCAUCUGGUUGUCAGUGUUUUUUAAAACAAAAUACUGUUUCUGGUGCUUGCUCCUAGGGGGAGUGAGAACUUGGCAGGAUUUUUUUUCUUGAAAAUGCUUUUAGAAAUUUCAAAACUUCUCAUAAAAUUUAAGUGGAAAGUAGCUUGAAAGUCCAUCUGGGACUUCAUAAAAUAGUGAUUCUGACUAGUGUCUGGCAAACUGUGGGAUUUUAUAGGGGCAGCACAGAUUAGCUAAGAUGCCUGACCCUUCUUGAUGCUGUUCUUGAAAUAGGAAAGGAAUCUAAUGCUCUACAGAUAUUUUUAAAUCCAUUUUCUGGGUUUGAUGGGAUGCACCUGUGCCUCUCCCUUGUCCUCCUAGGGUGAGGAGGAAACAGAUGUCUCAGGGUGUGCAGAAGAUCAUUUUCUGAGUGACCCCCAGGACUGUGGCUCCCAGGGGAGCUCCAGACCAUCACAGGCCACAAACCAUCCCACGCUGAGUUGAGAGCGUUUGUUGUUUGGGAUUUGUUUUGCCCCAGAUUUCUUUUCUCUUAGAUAAAGGCAGGGCACUCCAUACUUAAAAAAAACACAAAAAAGGGAUAGACUCUUCUGCCCAGGCAAUUUUUCAUGUGCAGAGGGGACUGAGGGAGCACACUCUGGGUUUUGGUGCUGGCUAAGUAUUCCAUGUCCAGUCCAAUGGUUUUUUUUUUCCCUUGGCUUUGACCUGUUCUAUUUCCUCUGAAGAUGUGCCUGUUGGUUUAUUGAUGUAUAAAAUCUGAUUAAACAGUUCAAUUGAUUGGAUCCCCUUUUUAGAAGGACUCUCAGCUGCUCAGUGUAGGAGAGAAGCAGAAGGGUUAGUCCACCAUGUCCCACAAACUUUUCUUCUGUCCUUUGUGCAUCUGAGAGCAGCCCCAAAGGCUGACCUGAUCUUCCCCUUCCAUGUGGUUUCUGAUGACUGAGUUUCUCAACAAAGCAGAGCUUUGUUUUUUAUGCUGUAGUUCUAAUGAGAACGUCUUAUUUAUCUCAAUAUCCUCUACCUGAGUGGCUUUUCCUAAGGAAAGCUGCUCAACUGCAGUAGAACAGACCCAGGAAAUUCAAUUAACUCAGGCCUCCUAAGGGCUUAGACAGGGAGGUGUAAGCUGUUCAUUGCCAUGACAAUUCUUGGUUGUAAAUUGUAUUCCUGAGCAUCUUGGUCAAGCAGAAUCCACACCAAAAUGCAGUCAAUCAAUCAGAUGAGUGCAGGCUCAAAAUCACAAAAAGAUGAGCAUGUUUUAAAUGGACCUUCCUGUCACAGCCCUUUCCUCCAUCCAUUUACCACUAUGUGGACAGAUGUGUUAGUUCAGAAACGUUCACUUCUGAGCCCAUUUCCCCCCAGCUGACUGCUGUGUGCUGGGAGCUCUGUCACUGCCUCGGUGCUGCAGUCUGUGCAGGAGCAGGGUGUGAGAGCUUCUGAGUUAAUCCCAGCCACUGUUUUUGUGUUCAGGACUAAGGGAAAAUUCUGGCAGCCCCCACUGGCCUGGUAUUUAGAUGAUGUGCUUGAGUGUAUCCUGGAAAAGGUUUUCCUUUUUAAGGUAUUUGUGCUCAGAAAGUUCACCUAGAUCAGCCCAUUUGCCACUAUUUUGCCAUUUCCAGCGAUGGGAAGUCGUUGAGUUGCACUCUGUUUAAUUCCUUUCUCAUAGAUAAUUGAGGACUGUCUGGUGUCUGCUGACACCCGACAGCGAGUGUUCAACAUUCACGUCCUUCUCUGGACUCCCACCCUCCAGGCUGCUGAAAUGUGAACACUGAGUGUAUUGACCCAACACGGUAUUUAAGCACAUGCUGCACUUCAAGCUCCUGAGUAGUUUUGCCACGUUUUUCCAAAGCAGCCUGGGCUCGUGGGGAGCAGCCUCUCGGGAGGGUUCUUGAGGUUUUCUUUAGGCUUUCUGCUCUGCUAUAAAUGUGGGACUGGAGCUUGACAGGGAGAGAGGAACCUCCAGGAAGAGAAUUCGGGAGGCUCUGCUGUGAAGAGCCAAGCUCGUGUUCCUCAGCAUUUUACACUGUUCAUUUAUUGAAGGUGAUGUGACUGCCUUUUGCACUAUGCUGUACAUUUGUAAAGUUUUACA